GGCCAGUGCGGUUGUUUUGUGUUGCGGUGUGUUUGGGUGCGCUCCAGUAGGACCUUCUCAUAAGGACACGUGAUGAGCGUGAAGUAAUUGCACUCUUAAUGAUGUGCUAGUGAAGCGAAGCCGGUCGAACAUGAGUGAUGCCUGAACGGCAGACGUUCCGUUUUUCGUUAGAAUUGCUUCCCCGAUUUUCCGAGUGAUUAACUAUUUACUCCGACGAGGACUCGCCGUCAGUUAAUGUGCUGGCCAAGGGAACCUAAAUAUAGGUCACUCCCUUGAGCUUUACCGUGGUGUGUGUGUGUGUGUGUGUUAAGAGAAUAAUUCUUCGUCCAAUUAACCUGUUAAGUUGGUGGUUUUCGCGUUCCCUAAAUAAUGAAACAGACCAGUGCUACUCAACGAUUCACCGUGUGUGUUAAAUUAUUCAACCCUGGCCCUCUAUAAAUCAUGCUACUGUAAUACAGUGAUCCGGUCCCUAACUCCCGCCCGAAGCAAAAAAAAGAACUGCAAAACGAACCGAACCGUCCGGUCCAAAAAGAUGCCGACACUAUCUGCCCGUCACCAGCCGGAACAGCAGGAACUAUUGGAGCUGGAGAGUCCCGCCUUUGCGGUCGUCUCGAGUGACCAUUCGUACCGGGCGAGCAGUCUCGGCAAGCCGAACGCAAUCGUGCGCCCACUGCGUCACGGCCGUGAGCAGCGGGAAGUGAUCGAGGGUCAGCAUAUCGUCAGCCUGCAUCCGGACUACAAGCUCCUGCACGAAAUCGAAGCUCAACUCAGUCGGCACAAUAGCCGGAACAAGGAUACGAACGCGAACGGUGGUCAGGAUCGUGGUGAUCCGGCCAAGUUACUGCGCUCCAACUACGCGCCCGGUGCGAUCGAGAUCGAGAAGACGGAUCGGGGCACCCGUCAGCAUGAAUUUAGCCGUGAGCUGGACGCCAAGCUGAGAAAGCUCCAGAACGAUUCCUCGAAGCGAUCGUCCAAAAAUGGCAGCACACAGGAGGUAAAUGUCAGGAAGCGUCCCCUAUUCAUCACAACCGUCCCGAAAGGUGUGUUCCUGCAGCCAACGAAAGAGCUCCCGCUGCUGCUGCCCGGCGCUAGCCAACGCCGCCUGUACGCGUUCGAGAGCCGGCCAAGGAUCCUGACGGCGCCCAGCCUCAGCAACAACAACAACGACAUCAAUCAUCCGAACCACAACCAUCCGGGCGAGUACGUCUGCAAGCAUGGCAGCCACCAUUACGGGAAGCCGCUAGCACCAAGGAUAUCAGCCCAGCUGGCCGCGGGUGAGGCUGAGGUCGUGCGGAAGCUAGCCGUGACGGAGCUGCAAUCGAUCGCCAACGGGCGACACCAGCGAUCCGGGCCACAGCACACCGGCCGUCCGGCAAGAGACCAACAGCAGCAGCAGCAGCAGCAGCAGCAACAUGGCUCCUAUCAGAAUGUGAUGCACGAUCGGCGAGUCAUCCGAGGCAGUAAUUAUACGUCAACGAGCAAUCUGCAGGUGGGACAUGUUAACAACUCCCCUAACAUGCCCCGGUGGAAUCCAUAUUUCGGUUACGCUGGUCUUCUAUCAGGAAAGGGCGAUGGUGAUGGGAACCAGAAGGAAGCGGAAGCUCGACGGCGCCAGAUGCUCCGCAAGAAGUAUGUUUCUCGAAAUCAGCGGGGCGUGAUCGGUACUCCGCCACCCGUCCGUGGUCGACGGCAUGAGACAGUCCAGACUGAGAAAUAUCUCGAGGAGCUCUUUCUGCAUCCUCCCGAGCUGGAUGCCGGAUGCCAGACGGAUCUGUUCCUGCACCGGCCACCAUCACCCCCGUACGUUCCCGCCAAGACCGGGUGCGAUGCAUCAACCGAAAUUCUCGACGGCGAACUGUUCGAUUUCGACAUCGAGGUACAACCGAUCAUCGAGGUACUCGUGAGCCGAACACUCGAGCAAGCCCUCGUGGAGGUGCUGCACGAGGAAGAAAUUGCCGAGAUGAAGCAGCAGCAGCAAAAGAUACUGGCAUUGCGGGAGGCCGAGCUGGCCGAGCUGAGACGUCUCGAGCAGGAAGAGCAGAAGCGCCAGGCCGAACGGGACAGACGCUUCCUGCAGGACAAAAUUGCACGCGAUCUCGACCGGGAGAUGCAGGAGCGUAUCACCGCGGCUAAGCUGCUGCAAGGCCGGCUAGAUGAGAUCGUGCCGGAGGUGAUGGCUGCCGUGGACAAGAUCGAGACGGAGGCGGAUCGGGCCGAGUUCGAGCGGCAGAUAACGCCGUGGCUGGCGAAGGAGGUUGCGCACGAAAUUGGCCAAUGGAUUGAUGCGAACGACCUGCUCGAGGAUAUGAUACGAGAAAUUUUACUGCACAAAAAGAAACUGCUGGAAGCGGAUGCAGAAAACACUGCCGACGAACCGGAGCAGGAGUACGAUGAGGUUGAUCCGGAUGAAGCGGAUGAUGAACCGGAACCUGCUUCAGCCGAGCCGGAGGGAGCGGGGGAAUCGGGGCCGGACGAGCCAGCAGCUGAGCCAGAGGUGACACCAAACAGUGAUUCCGAGAAAGCAAUGUGAUAAGUUUGGGCCCGAUGGAAGGGUUUGUGUAAUGCAUUUCGUGUAAAAAUAAUGUCCACGGAUACAAAGCUAUGGAACGGUCGGGAAUUCUCUUUGCCGGGGACUGCAUUUCUGACAUUCUCGGACCGAAAGCUCUCCAUGUUAGUUGUUUGUUAGCUGCGCAAAGCUCUACAAGACUCAAUGAAAAUGGAAAUAAAUUACUACUUUGUUUCAUUCUAAGAACA